GUAAGAGAAUACUGUAGCAGGUACCAUUUGUUGCACUUACAGAGUAGAAUUCUUAUCUACACAUUGAAUGAUCUGAAGUUCCUUAGAACUACAACCUGGAAAAGAUGUGGACUUUAGACGAAUUCGAGGUAGGACAGAAGCUCGGUGAAGGCGGGUUCGGUCGCGUACAUCUAGCUCGUCGCGGACGAGCGGUUGUAGUCCUGAAAAUCCUAAGAAAAGCUCAAAUAUCGAGACAUCGCGCAGAACGGAAGGUAGAACGAGAGCUGGAUAUUCAGAGUCAUCUGCAUCUUAAGGCGAGUUGAUUUGGGAGUGUCGUAUAGUUGCUAUGUGAAUUCCACGAGCAGUACCAGAGACGCCCUAUGUGAUUUCCACGAGAACGCCUUGUCGAGAUCGACGGGGAAUCAAGAAGAGCAUUCGUGACUAAUGCUAAAAGUGGAAAGCUGACCAAUUUUCUGCAAUGAAAACCUACCUCUUCUUCUAAUUCCUACGGCAACAUCCUCGCGUUAUACGCCUACUUCUGGGAUGAGCACUCUAUUUACAUGGUUCUGGAGCACAGCCAUUUGGGAGACUUGCGGAAGAUAGUACUGGCAACAAAGCAUGGUGGAGGUGGUAUGAGGAGGAAAGAAUGAUUCAUUACUCACUGAAGAAUCUACAAGUUUUUGGUAGUAUGAAGAGGAAAGAAUCAUUUAUUACUGAAGAGGGUUUGAUAGGUGUAAAUCUAGCGUACUCAAAAGCACUAAUUUCUCCGCUUCAAAGCUUAUUACAGAAGAAUCUACAACACGUUUUUGGUCCGUCAUAGUAUGAGGAAAGAAUAAGCACAUAAGAAUAAUCAAGUAGCUACUUUCCUUUUUCUUAGGAUCUGGACUUACAGAACAUUCUACAGGCCUUUUGCCUUUGGUCGGUGGCAUUGUCAGAUACCCUUCCUACAGUUGCCUCAAUAAAAUCUACUUGAAUUAUAGACCUUGAUGUCUUCUAAUUCCACGGGUGGAGUUGGUAGUGCAGACGCAGCUUGCUACUUGCGGCACACAAUUUCGGGUCUGCAGCACUUGCACGAACGCGAUAUCAUCUUUCGAGACCUCAAGAGUGAGAAUCUUUUCCUCUUCCACGGGAAGGUCGUCAAACUUGGCGAUUUUGGCGCCGCGGUCCACGCUCCAGCGCCAGACGCACAUCGCCGUAAGACGCUUAUCGGAACGCCCGUGUUGUAUCCACCUGAGAUGAUAACAGCAGAUACCUACGAGAAAUACGUAGAUUUGUGGGCAUUAGGCCUCUUAGCAUUUGAACUGCUGUUUGCCGAAAUACCCAUAAAGGCGGAUACGGACGACCAAUUUCGCACCUUCCGGAGUAUCCUACAGCUCGAUGCGAAGAAGGUUUUUUCCUACAAAGCCAAAUUUUGAUUAAUAACUGUCCUCACUUUCUGAAAGUAUAAGUCGAAGAACUUCACCAUCACCUCCUAGUACAACAUACUUACAAGACCUCGUCAAGCAACAUGCAGGCAAUCCGCGAGCAACGAAAAAGCAGAGUGAACACCGAAAAACCGCAAGAGUGGUUCACCAGCGAGUCUGAUGAAGCCGCGGAUGACUUGAUUGCGAAGCUGCUGGUCCAGAAGCCGGAAAAACGGCUGACUCUCGACGAUUGUGCUGUGCAUCCUUUUUUGAAACAGUGA